AUGGUGUGUGGCCAACCUGCAGUCAGCACCAGGAUCGUUGGAGGACAGGAUGCACCUACAGGAAACUGGCCCUGGCAGGCCAGUCUGCACAGAUUUAGGAGACAUUUCUGUGGAGGGUCUCUCAUUAACAAAGACUGGAUCUUGACGGCUGCCCAUUGUUUUUCAAGCACGAGACCUAGAGGACUGAUAGUCUACCUUGGCCGUCAAGCCCAGCGGAUCAGGAACCCUAAUGAGGUGGCCAGAAGAGUGGCUAGAGUGAUCCUGCACCCUCGAUAUAAUCGAAGAACGAACAACAACGACAUUGCUCUGCUGAGACUCAGAACCUCAGUUCAGUUCACCGACUUCAUCAGGCCCGUCUGUCUGGCAGCCAGCGAUAGUGAUUUCCAUAGUGGCGUGGACAGCUGGGUCACUGGAUGGGGCGACAUUGAAGAGGGAGUUUCCCUCCCAUUCCCACAGAUGCUUCAGGAAGUGGAGGUUCCAGUGGUGGGUAAUAGACAGUGCAACUGCCUGAACGGAGCUGGAACGAUCACAGUGAACAUGAUCUGUGCUGGUCUACUCGCUGGAGGAAAAGACUCAUGUCAGGGAGAUUCAGGAGGUCCAAUGGUGAACAAGCAGAACACUGUGUGGGUCCAAUCUGGAAUUGUUAGCUUUGGCUAUGGCUGUGCUCGACCCGAACUCCCUGGUGUCUACACAAGGGUAUCGCGUUACCAGUCCUGGAUUAGAAAACGCGUUAAGCGUGAACCACCAGGCUUUGUCACAUUCUCCUCCCCUGGAGCCGAUGGUGACAGUAGCCACUCCUGCUCUGGACUUCCGCCCCCACCCCCACCCUCCCCGGAUGUGACAACCCCAGCUCCCACUGACAGUCUUUCAGCUGAUGUUUGCGGCACAACUCCACUCAACCCCAGGAUAGUUGGAGGACAAGAUGCCCCUGCAGGCAGCUGGCCCUGGCAGGCUAGUCUGCAGAGGUUUGGAAGCCAUUUCUGUGGAGGUUCACUGAUCAACAAGGAGUGGGUUGUAUCUGCUGCUCACUGCUUUUCAAGCACCAAUCCAAACGGGCUGACUGUGUACUUGGGUCGGCAGACCCAGCAGGGCAGCAAUCCCAACGAAGUGUCCAGAACAGUGGACAGAAUCGUCUUGCAUCCCAAUUACAACAGUCGCACCAGUGACAACGACAUUGCUAUGCUAAGACUCAGUUCUCCCGUUCAGUUUACUAACUUCAUCAGACCAGUUUGUCUGGCAGCCAGUGGCAGUGUGUUCAAAAGUGGCACAGACAGCUGGGUAACUGGAUGGGGCAACAUUGGAGAAGGUGUUGCUCUCCCAUUCCCCGAGACCCUACAGGAAGUGGAGGUUCCAGUGGUGGGUAAUACAAAGUGCAACAGCCUGAACGGAGUUGGAACGAUCACAGAGAACAUGAUCUGUGCUGGUCUACUCGCUGGAGGAAAAGACUCAUGUCAGGGUGACUCAGGAGGUCCAAUGGUGAACAAGCAGCAAACGGUUUGGGUCCAGUCUGGGGUCGUCAGCUUUGGGUUUGGCUGUGCUCGACCUGAACUCCCUGGUGUUUAUUCAAGGGUGUCCCGCUACCAGUCCUGGAUCGGCUUCCAGAUCCAGAGUGACCCACCAGGCUUUGUCACAUUCUCCUCCCGUGGAGCCGAUGGUGACAGUAGCCACUCCUGCCCUGGACCUCAACCCCCGCCCACACCCUCCCCGGAUGUGACAACCCCAGCUUUAACUGAGAGUCUUUCAGCUGAUGUUUGCGGCACAACUCCGCUCAACCCCAGGAUAGUUGGAGGACAAGAUGCCCCUGCAGGCAGCUGGCCCUGGCAGGCUAGUCUGCAGAUGUUUGGAAGCCAUUUCUGUGGAGGUUCACUGAUCAACAAGGAGUGGGUUGUAUCUGCUGCUCACUGCUUUUCAAGCACCAAUCCAAGCGGGCUGACUGUGUACUUGGGUCGGCAGACCCAGCAGAGCAGCAAUCCCAACGAAGUGUCCAGAAGCGUGGACAGAAUCGUCUUGCAUCCCAAUUACGACAGCGACACCAGUGACAACGACAUUGCUAUGCUGAGACUCAGUUCUCCCGUUCAGUUUAGUAACUUCAUCAGACCGACGAUCAGGAUGAUCCUUGAGGUAGCCUCUAGAGGCCAGAAGGUCCGAAAUCACGACACCGUGAAGACUUGCCAUAUGUACAAAGCAUAUUAA